AUGGGGGCUGGUGCCAUCCUGGAGCCCUUGGUGGUCAUCGUGCUUCUGUUUGGAGGCACUUGGAUCAAUCGCACCACGGGCUCCCUUUCUCUGGUGCGCAGAGCUCGCCGUCGGUCUGGCGCCUUCUCUCGCGAUGGUUCCCCGGAUUGGAUCGAAUCGGGUUUUCCCACGCCAACCGCGAAGGACGGGUUACUCAGUCGUCGACCUCUGUCUCCCUCCGUCCUGCAGCCUGACCAAGAUCGAUGGCACCAGAGAAAGAUUGGCUUCCUCUCGUACACCGUCGAGGUGACGUCUCCGAACACCGUCGUCUUUCAGGAUCGCUUCCUGAGUCGCCUGCUUCGAAAGCUCCCCUUCCUAGCUGAAUGCUGGUACUGGGCUUUGGUUUAUUGGACAUACCAAUUGGGUCGGGCCUUUACAGCAGUCACACUCCGGGAAGGAACUGUGGAUGUGGCAAGGAAGCAUGCGCUGCAGUUGAUUCGCAUCGAAGAAGCACUCGGAAUAUUCUGCGAAGUGCCAAUUCAGCAGUUUUUCCUCCGACAUCCUCAACUUAUGAUAUGGACCAAUUGGAUAUACUCCUUCAUCCACAUCCCCGGCACAAUUGCUUUUCUCGUUUGGCUCUACUACUACACCACCACGCGCAAUAGGUUCGAUGAAUCGCAACCAGGAAAUCCCCGAGGCCUCCUGAGCCGUUCACCUGCUGGCCCGCAUCUUUACCAAGCGCGACGGCGGACACUGGCCGUGUGCAAUCUCCUUGCCUUCGUGGUCUUUACCUUGUGGCCAUGCAUGCCACCUCGCCUGUUGAGCGACAAGAAUGCGGAGGGCCCGGACAGUGAAUUGGGACGCAGCUAUGGAUUCGUGGACACAGUACACGGAGUGAACGGUGCCGGUAGUGUGUGGACAGAGAAUCGGUUCUGUAAUCAAUAUGCGGCCAUGCCAUCGUUGCAUUUUGGGUACUCCCUCAUGAUCGGACUGACCAUUAUGACAAUCCCGCUGCCACCGCAUCACCGCCGUUCUAUUGGGAUAACCCGGUUGUUUGGGCUGAGGAUUCCGUCAUGGCGGCGCCUGGCCUGUCUGGCUGUGGGUUUUUCCUACUCACUCAUAAUUCUGACGGCGAUCAUCGCCACGGCAAACCAUUUCAUUCUGGAUGCGGUUGCCGGUGCAUUUGUGUGUGCGCUGGGAUGGAAGUUCAACAGCAUCUUGCUGAAUCUGUUGCCGUUGGAAGACUACUUCCUCUGGGUGGUCCGCAUACAUAAGCCAGAACCAACGGCGGUGGACGGCCUGGGAGACGUUGAUGGAUGGGUCGACGACGAUCCGUCCGAAUAUGCCCCCUGGUCCUGA